UCUUCUUCCUUCUCUCUGUGUCUGUCUCCCUCUCUCUCUCUCUCUCUCUCUCUCUCUGUGUCCGUUGGAACCAAACAGUUGUAGCUUGAGCAUUCUUCUCUUUCACUCACUAAAAGCGCAGUAAUAAUAUGAGCAGAGUGCGCAUCACACACCAUUACCGGUUAUGAAUCCCAGCACCGAGCCACCGGCAUUACUACCACCACAAGCAGUAGCAUUAGCGCCACCGCCUCAGCCGCCUCAGCCUCAUAGGCCUUCUACCUCCUGUGACAGACACCCAGAAGAGCAUUUCACGGGCUUCUGCCCCUCAUGCCUCUGCGAGCGACUUGCUGUCUUGGAUCACAACUCCUCUGCUUCUUCCUCCUCCUCUCGCAAGCCUCCCCUCUCCGCCGCCGCCCUUAAGGCUAUUUUCAAGCCUUCCUCCUCAUCUGCUGCCUCCAACGCCUUCCCUUCCAACCCCAACAACCGCUCCAGGCCUACAUUCUUCCCGGAGCUCCGUCGGACCAAAUCCUUUUCUGCUUCCAAGAACGAGGGUUUCUCCGGUGUUUUUGAGCCCCAGAGGAAGUCUUGCGACGUUAGGGUUCGCAAUACGCUUUGGUCCUUGUUCAACCAGGACGACGAGCGCAACCCUUACAAGAAGGAAGCCAAGGGUGGAGGACCUGUUGGUGCUAGUGUUGGUGUUGCUGCUGCUGCAGGUGGUGAAAUUGAGGCCGACGCCAGGAAUUUGGGGUCCUCGUCUAGAGUUCAGGUUCCUGUUAUUGAGUCCAAAGAGGAUAGAGAGACAGAGAGCGAAAGCGACCUAGAUGAUGGUGAUUUUGAGAUUUUGAAUGAACCCAUUGCCGCGGCUGCCAACGUAAUCGAAGACAAAGUUCAAGAAAUUGUGGAGGAAGAGGAGGAGGAGGAGGAGGAAGAGGAGGAAGAGGAAGAAGAAGAAGAAAGAGAAGGAGACGAAGGAGUACAAGUACGAGAAGAGGAUUUGAAGCCCAUGAAGGACCACAUAGAUCUCGAUUCGCAGACUAAGAAGCCUUCAGGUAGGGAUUUCAAGGAGAUUGCGGGAAGUUUCUGGUCCGCCGCUUCAGUAUUCAGCAAGAAAUUGCAGAAAUGGAGGCAGAAGCAGAAGCUGAAGAAACGCAGAAAUGGUGGCGGUUCUGCUACAUUGCCCGUGGAGAAGCCAAUUGGGAGGCAAUACAGGGAAACUCAGUCAGAGAUUGCGGAUUACGGCUUCGGCAGAAGAUCCUGCGACACGGAUCCUAGGUUCUCGCUUGACGCAGGCAGGAUUUCUUUCGAUGAUCCUAGGUACUCAUUCGAUGAGCCUCGGGCUUCAUGGGAUGGUUACCUAAUCGGAAGAACGUUCCCGCGAAUGCCAACGAUGUUAUCGGUCGUGGAAGAUGCCCCCGUUCAAGUGUCGAGGUCUGAUGCUCAAAUCCCAGUUGAGGAGCCAAUGAAUUCCAUCAAUGAGGACGGGGCUGUCCCUGGUGGGUCUGCUCAAACAAGGGAUUACUACUCAGAUUCUUCCUCUCGGCGGAGAAAGAGCUUCGAGCGGUCAAACUCCUUAAGGAAGACCGCAGCCGCUGUGGUGGCUGAGAUGGACGAGAUAAAAUCUGUUUCCAAUGCGAAGGUGUCCCCUGCAACGGUCGACUACGUUAAUGGAUCUAAACUGGUCGUUCCAGACAGAGAUUUAGGAGAUUCAAACUCGAACUCAUUGAGAGACGAUUACUCAGAGACUUUUGACAUGGGUUUCAGGGAUAACGCAUCGAUCAUUGGCAGUGGCGAGAGGAAGGGGCCCAAGAAGUCAAGCCGGUGGAGCAAAGCUUGGAACAUUUGGGCGUUGAUAUACCGGAGAAGUGUCAACAAAGACGAGGAAGAAGACAGGUUUAGCAGACCAAACGGCGUGGAGAGGUCAUUGUCGGAAUCUUGGCCGGAGUUGCGAGGGGAACGCAAUGGGGACCUCAAACCAGGAUUCAAUCCAAAGAUGUUGCGUAGCAAUAGCAGUGUGAGCUGGAGGAACUCCAGCAGCUUCGGAGGGCCUGUAAUGGGUGGAAGGAAGAGCAAUGUGGAGACAACUACAAAUGGUAAAAAGAGGAGGGAAGAGUUUGUGUUGGAGAGGAACAGGAGCGCCAGAUACUCGCCGCCCAACAUCGACAAUGGACUGUUGAGAUUCUACUUAACGCCGAUGAGAGGUAGCCGGAGAAGUGGGUCAGGCAAGAGUAGUGGUAGAUCCAAUCAAGCACAGUCCAUAGCCAGGAGCAUACUGCGAUUGUACUGAAAUUUGGGAGGUUACAAGGUGUUUAUUUUUGUUUUUCUUCUCUUUUGUUCUUUUUUUUACUGUGGUUAAUUUUGCUGCAUUUGUUGUGUAAGCACACACAUCUGCCUAUGUAUUCUUGAUGGAUAAAAAGCACCCUGAAUUUGUUUACCUUUCCAUUUUGAGUGGCAUGCUUCUUCUUCUUCCUUAAA